GAAGAAAUUCAAAAAAUGGCUACACUAGUGGGACUGUCCUCGCCUCACCUGCUACUGCACCGUAUUAUCCUCCGCCGCCCAACCCUGCCGCUCGUCGCCCUAACCCACCGUCCCUUCCCUCACUGCAAAACGACGCCGUUCUACAUCUCUUUCCGCUUCUCCACGUCCUCCCCUUCCCCUCUGUGCUCCCUCUCCCAACUUGCCAACGACGUCGUUUUACAACCCGAGAACGCGAACACCGAAUCGAGUCGAGGAUCUGAUGCGACUGAGAGUCCGAGGAAUUUAAUGAUUGGGGUUAAUGAAACCCCGCCGCCUAGCCUCACCGUGAAGGAGAAGAAGGAUCUGGCUUCGUAUGCCCAGAGCUUGGGGAAAAAGCUAAAGUCACAGCAGGUUGGGAAAUCCGGCGUCACGGACAAUGUUGUCACGGCUUUGGUUGAUACACUGGAAGCCAACGAACUUCUCAAGCUGAAAAUACAUGGCUCGUGUCCAGGGGAUUUGGAAGAUGUAGUGAAGCAGGUAGAGGAAACUACUGGCUCAUUGGUGGUCGGCCAAAUUGGCAGAACCGUGAUUCUCUAUCGGCCGAGCAUCACCAAGCUAAAAGCAGAAGAGAAAAAGAAACAGGCUCAAAGAAUUUAUUUGAAAAGGCAGUCGAAUUUGAAGCGAUUCGCUCAGGUUUGAUUUUUUGAUAAACCCUUAUUAGAUUUCUUCCUUGUGGAAUGUGGGAUUUGAUGUUUUCUGUUUAUGUUGAGAUAUUGUGGUAGUUUUUUUGAUAAUUUCUUGUUUCAAUGGAAGCUUGGACCUAUGAACUUGUCAGGCACAUUUUAAGUCGUAAAGACAAGUUGAUCACCCGUGCAAACGCUCGAUUGUGUUCGAAAUGACAAACUUUCCCUUAAGAUGUGUUUUACGUAAAAAAAAUAUCACCUUUCCUGAGGAAGACCUGCAAAUUAAGGAGAAAAAAAUAUAAAAUUGCCAAGGGGUAUCUAAAAUUUGUUAACACCACCUAAUUUGUUUUUCAAUAAAUUAGGCAAAAACCUAGGGAUAGAUUUUGUAACUAUACCUUCAAUUUCUGUUGUUCAACUUGGAUUUGUGCAGAGUAAAAAAACAUCAUCACCUUUUCGGCAAGAACAAAGUCGAAGUGGUCGUGGGCGUAGAGGGAGUAGCAGAUUUUCAGCUCCCAAUUGAUGUUGUGUAUUCAUUGACCAGCAUAUUAAAGCUUGCUCUGUUACCUGUCUAUGGUUUUUGUCUACCAAAACAUCUGCAUUUGCCAGUUUCAAUUUGAUAAAUGUUUUUAUGGUUUUAUUUUUUCCUCUGAGGUGAUGAGUGUUAUGAUAAACGAGUAAAAGAGUGCCAUUGUAGGAAGGAUUUGGAUCUUGAUGCGGAGCAAUUCUAAUUAGCUAUAGAUAAUUGCCAUUGUAAGUUGUUUUUAAAUGAAGCACUAGCCUUGAUGAAACAUUUUGAGGAAAUGAC